AAAAACAAAAACCCGAUUUUUCGCUCUUUACUUUCUCAGUUCCUCUCUUCCCAUCGCCGCCAAUAGCUUUGCUUGACCGCCACUAUCUUCUGCGUCGGGAGCUUAGAUUCUUUCGCCGCUGCCAUGACCAACAGCUUUGCAACUGCAAACACAGAGACAUUGCGCUCUCUUUCGGCUUCCAUAAGACAUUCUUUUACCGAACCCUUGGCUUCUAGAACUCAAUUUUAUACUCGUUCCUUCUACUGCAUCUCCCGGAGGCAUCCGCGGGUCUCCGUUUCUGCGCCGGAAAGAGUAAGCGGCUGUGAUGGCCGCGUAUUUGCCGUAUCGAAGAGGGAUUCGGAUGGAGCCGGUGGUCUCACAUAUAAGGAUGCCGGUGUGGACAUAGAUGCUGGGACUGAACUUGUUAGAAGAAUCGCCAAGAUGGCUCCUGGAAUUGGUGGUUUCGGUGGUCUCUUCCCUCUUGGUGAUUCUUUCCUUGUUGCUGGUACUGAUGGUGUUGGUACUAAACUCAAGCUAGCAUUUGAAACUGGAAUCCAUGAAACCAUUGGGAUUGAUUUGGUUGCAAUGAGUGUCAAUGACAUUGUUACUUCAGGAGCAAAGCCAUUAUUUUUUCUUGAUUACUUUGCGACAAGUCACCUAGAUGUUGAUCUCGCUGAAAAGGUUAUAAAAGGCAUUGUUGAUGGUUGCCAACAAUCUGAUUGCGCUCUUUUAGGUGGAGAGACUGCAGAGAUGCCAGAUUUUUAUAAAGAUGGUGAGUAUGAUCUUAGUGGCUUUGCAGUUGGCAUUGUUAAGAAGGAUUCAGUUAUUGAUGGAAGAAACAUUGUAGCUGGAGAUGUUCUAAUUGGCCUACCAUCUAGUGGAGUACAUUCAAAUGGCUUCUCUCUCGUAAGAAGGGUUUUAGCUCAAAGUGGCCUUUCUUUAAAGGAUCAACUUCCUGGUGAAGCAGUUACAUUAGGUGAAGCUUUGAUGGCCCCAACCGUUAUAUAUGUUAAGCAGGUGCUAGACUUAAUUGGUAAAGGAGGGGUGAAGGGAAUAGCACACGUCACAGGUGGUGGUUUUACAGACAAUAUUCCUCGAGUCUUUCCAAAAGGUCUUGGUGCUGUCAUUUACAAGGAUUCUUGGGAAGUCCCACCUGUAUUCAAAUGGAUACAGCAGGCUGGAAGAAUUGAAGAUGCUGAGAUGAGACGGACUUUUAACAUGGGAAUCGGUAUGGUCCUUGUUGUCAGUAAAGAGGCAUCUGAUAGAAUACUAAAGGAAGCAAAUAGUGAAUACACAGCCUAUCGAAUUGGUGAGGUGGUGAGUGAGGAAGGAGUCAAGUACCAGUGAAAUCUGUGCUCUGUCGAAGAUGACGUAGCAUGUUUUAAAAAAUAAAGUUUUCUAUUUUGUUGGAAUGAGAUACACAGUUGCGGCUUAAGCAUGAUUUUGCUUCAAAGUUUUUAAAAUAGAGGUUAACUCAAUUGCUUCUUCUGUUUUUAAAACUCCUACCAUGAAUGGACUCUGACCUCACUGUUCCUAUUUGUUGUACAAGAUGAAUUUACAAGUGUUCUUAUAACUAUUAAGGUUAAAGGUCUGUAUGCACUUGUAUUAUUAAGUUUUAAUUUGGUUUAACUAUUUGGCAACAACUACCAGUUAAUAUCAACAAUAACAUGUUGAUUCCAGU